GAAGCUCAAAAUGGACACUCCGCCGAGCAUCCGCCGGCAAUAUGCAUCACCUCCGCGUGAGUCGCCCGAGGGGCGUCGACGGCGACUGGCCAACCGGCGUGCAGCCAAGUACCGCCACUUCAAGUCCUUGUCCAGCGCAUCCCAUCCCUUAGUUGAGCUACAGCGCCAGCAGAGCACACGCCGACAACGCGAACGCCGUUUGCUGCUGGACGACGAAGCACGCGACCGCCUACGUGCACAGAACCGGCGACGACAACAGCUUCGACGCCAGAAUCUCAGCGACCGAGCCAAGGCAGAUAUCCGCCAGAAACAACGCGAGCGACAGCGUGAGCGUCGCCAUACGCUCAACGACGAGGCGCGCGAGGAGUUGCGGGCGCGCGAACGCUUGCGCAUCCGAUGCCGUCGACGCCAGCUCAAAAGACAACAUGAGGUGGAUGAGGAGGACACACUACUGCCCGCGCAGUUGCAACUGCUGCAGCCUGUGUUGGACAGGGACCGACUGCCGCACUUAAGGCUGGCGCCGGAGCUGCCGACGUUGAGACAGCAUCAGGAACAGCAGAGACAGCGAGAGAUGCAGAACAGGUUGCCGUUCGGUGGCGGUGUACAGAUCACAUUACCCCCGCCGCCGCCUAUUGAGAGAGUCAGGACCUACCAGCACGAACGGAUCCCGUCGCUGCCUCAUUUACAGCAGGUGACGAGGCCCACGACGUCCUCGUUGCUGCAUACAACCCCUCCACCGCCGCUAUUCUCGAUACCAGGACCAGGAAGUGCCACAUCCGCGGGGUUGCCUACAGUUGCUAGUGCUGUUGCAGCGGCAGCCACCAGACCUCCCCAUCCUACGCCGAUCAUGCCGUCCGUCAGCUUGCCACUGCCCAACAAACCGCUGGCUGCACUGCCGCUGGUUCAACAGCAACAACAGCCACCGCGUACACCGAUCGUGCUGCCACCAGCACAUCGUUCACUUCCGCCGUUACCGGACUUUCUUAACAGCCGCGAAGCGUUCAACCCCGCCACUGCUGCAGCUGCUACUUCGACGCGGGCGUCACGGCCAUCAAGUACUGCUAGCAGAGCGCUGUUUCCGUCUAUUACUGACCUUCCUGCCACUCACACGGAUGUCCAAGACGCGGAUUCAUAUUUUCAACGAUGAGAAAGAUCAGAGUAGAGCGAUAUUAUGAGUUUGGAGAAGCCGUUGGAGAGCUAUCGUUCCUGCUUCCAGCGUUGCAAGGUAUCUUACCGUAGAAGACUGUCGAGUUUAUUGACGCUUCCCUUCGUUAGUGGACGAUGCGGAGCGUUAACGUGCCAGAGAGCUCGAAAAGCUUCAUGUGCGUACGCGCCGCGGUUUGCCAAAAGAAACAUUUCAAGUUGCAUCUCCGACAAGUUCAACAGCUGGUAGUACCGCUUGGCGUCCUCCAAACGUGAAGCCAACGAACAAGAUGAAGGCAUCGAUGUCGAGGAGGACAACGACAUACCAUCGCGAGGAUACGAGUACAACGUGCCCGUGAGCCCUUGACGAAGAGCCCCGAUGUUGAGCAGCAUCUGCUGGACACCUCCACGAGUAAAUGUACAGUCAGUCAUCUGAGCAAGAUUGCCGAUCAGCAGUCGGGACAGCAGCGAAUCCACUCCAUUGAAAACAAGCGUCAUCUUGUCGCUCGCCAAGUACGGCUGCAGUGCGUUCUCGAUCGAUGAGAGGUCCAAGUUGAGCGUCAGUACGCUGUCUUGGGCCAUGGUCGGCUGGCCUUCUUCCAGGUCAAAUCGCAGCGAGACGAGCUGUGUGAGGUAGUAGCAGCAGUGCAGGCGCACCUCGCGACGCAGGAACAACAGACAUUCAUCAGCUAGAGCACUACACUGCCAGCUCGCAGCUUGUAGCGCCAUGGUAAGUGCUGGUGAGGUAGCUGGGGCUGCAGGAGUGUUGUUAGACCCUUCGGUACCUCCUGCUACUCGUUGGAGGUAUACAGCGAUGAGAUCGCACGCGCUGUUGGCGUAGCCGAGCAUCCCAAUUCGCGCGUUGUCCAUGAGUAAACCAUUGGGACCUUGCAUCCAGAAAUCUGGAUCGUAAAGCUCACAUUCAAACUCCAGUUCUCUUGCCGCUAUCAUCUCCUCAGUGCUCAACCGGUUGGGACCAGAUCCACUACUCGUCGAUCCUGUUGGCUGCACUUUCGAGUGGUGAUAAGGGAUCGGACUGCCUUGCUUGGCGCGUUGAUAUCCUUCGUACUCGUGGAAAAUGGCUACCAGGUCUGCGCAGGUGAUGUUUUUAGUUAACAACUGCUGGUGAUUGAGCGUCUGCUCACGAAUAUCGCGCACUAUUACAGCGCAUUCUUCCAGCCAGCUGAGCACAGAAGCUUCGAGGACGCUGGCUAGAUCAGAUGCGUGUGUCGGCAUUUUAAUCAUCAUAUCGCGAAGGUUUUCGAUGACAUGAAGCAGACUGUCGAUGCUGGGUGGUUGGUAGCUGGUGUCUGAAGGUAUUGGGAGCCGGCAUAUCGUUGUCAGACCCCGCACCUUGACGGCCAGGAGGUGCUGAGCUUUUGCUUUGACCUUAGGGAUCCACUUCUGCGUGAUGAAGGUGUUGAGGAAUGCUGCGAAGCCUGACAACGACGACGACGGCGAGCUCACACCUGAUCGAGAACUGGCACGGAACAGAUGUUGAAGAUCUUUUCCGAUGCGCUCCAAUUCCUGGUACACCUCAGGCAAGUGGAAGACGCUCGGUUCACACACUAGCCGAUGACGUUUUGCGGUCGGUGAGCCGAUUUGAUUGUCCUCACAUAGCUGAUUCUUGGCUGCUGGUUUGUUACGGCUCAACUUGAACAAUUCCCCGCUGUCUGAAGAGGAUACUGACGAUGGAUCAAGCGCCGCUGGCUGUGAUGAGGACGCUCCCCCAAGAUAUUCGCUGAUCACACGCUACACAGAUGCCAUCCCAAUUAUCCCCGUCAGCUUCGAAGUAAAUGGCGACGAGAUAGUGACGCUGGGCAACGCGACGCAACACGGUGAAGAGCAACCGCAAGAACGUAUUGAAGUCGCUCGAGUGGUCAUGCGUGCCGAACGUAGCCUCAGUGAACGCGUUCGCAAACGACGUGGUGCUGCUGCUGUUGAAGAUUCCUCUGCAGAGACGUGAAAGUUCCGCAACCACUGCAUCCAGCUCAUGCUCGAUGGAACUCUUGAUCGUCCCGAUAGCCUCGCGCUCGCGGUGCAGUCUGUCGACAAGAUACUAACAGAGUUAACCUCUCACCAUGAGGUAGCAACGCUAGCAUUUAACUCACUUUUUAACAGCGCAUACAGCAGUCCGCAACCCAUUAUUUGUUGGCAAUGGAGCAACAGCGGCACUGUUUGAUCUGCC